UGGCCCUCCCUCCAUUUACACCAACCACACCAUGUCUCCUCCAACAUUUAUUAUGUAUAAAUGUGAAUGUAAAUAAGUUGCAGAAAGCGUAGACUGACUAGUAGGAGGAACAAACAAGAAAGAGUAAACCCUUUUGGGACUUCUUUUUUAUUUUCAUAUAGCUUCUCUUGAAGCCAACAAGGGACACCAAGAAUCAACGUAUUAUCAUAAAUCUUCUUAUUAUAAAUAUAUUUUAUGUGUUCAUACUUUUGGGUUUCAACUGGUUCGGCUGUUGUUGAAUUUUUGGACAGUCGUCGAAAGAGUUCGUGGGUUGAGCAAUUGGAUUCUCAGUCUUCUUCUAUUGUUGAGGAACAGUAGAAGGGUUUUCUCAGAUAAACAAAUUGGUGGGUUCAGUAAAUGGGUUCUUGUUUCAGUGUUAGAAUAAGGGCAGAUAGCCCUCGUCAUAAUGGAUCAAAUUCAAGAUAUGUCAGCGUUGAUACGAAAGACACAAGUAGCAGGUCAUCGAACGCGAUUCCAUUGACCCCUCGAAGUCAGGGUGAAAUUUUGGAAUCUUCGAGUUUGAAGACUUUUGCGUUUAUUGAUCUGAGAACAGCCACGCGGAACUUCCGUCCGGACAGUGUAUUAGGUGAAGGUGGUUUUGGGUGUGUUUUUAAGGGAUGGAUUGAUGAACAUACAUUUAAAGCUGCGAAACCUGGGACUGGAAUGGUUAUUGCUGUCAAACGAUUGAACCAAGAAGGCCUUCAAGGUCACAAGGAGUGGCUGACAGAAAUCAAUUAUCUGGGGCAGUUAUACCAUCCUAAUCUAGUAAAGUUGAUUGGUUAUUGCUUAGAGGAUGAACACAGGCUUCUCGUUUACGAGUUCAUGCCUCGUGGCAGCUUGGAGAAUCAUCUAUUCAGGAGGUCAUCUUACUUCCAACCGUUAUCUUGGAACCUACGUAUGAAGGUUGCUCUAGGUGCAGCAAAGGGGCUUGCGUAUCUUCACAGCCCGGAAGCUAAGGUUAUAUAUCGUGACUUCAAAACCUCCAACAUCUUGCUCGAUAAGAACUACAAUGCGAAGCUAUCUGAUUUUGGGUUGGCCAAGGACGGACCAAUGGACGGUAAAAGCUAUGUAUCUACAAGAGUAAUGGGUACCUUUGGCUAUGCAGCUCCAGAGUACAUGGCCACAGGUCAUUUAACUGCCAGAAGCGACGUGUACAGUUUUGGAGUUGUUCUUCUUGAGAUGCUAACUGGACGUCGUGUAAUAGACAAAAAUCGACCUCACGGGGAACAAAAUCUUAUUGAAUGGGCUCGCCCUUAUCUGGCCAGCAAACGAAGAAUAUUCCGAGUUAUGGAUGCCCGUAUAGAAGGCCAAUACUCACCAACCGGAGCAUUGAAGGCAGCUACUCUUGCUGUCAAAUGCCUAGCACUAGAACCCAAAUACAGGCCGAACAUGGAAGAGGUUGUAAAAGCAUUGGAGCAGCUCCAGGACACGGGUAGUGUCAAAACCGAGGUUGUCCAAAAUCAUAUUCUGACAUGCGCCGAAUCUCGUAUGGCUGCUUCGUAUCCAAGACCAUCUGCUACCCCAGUUGUUGCUGCUUGAAUGGGAAAGGAAGAAUUCAAAUGGGAUACAAUUCAUGAGUUUAGAAGACAGACAGAAUGUAUAGGUGGCGCGAGGAGAUCAUAAAUAACUGGGGGGAUUUAUUUGCUUGUACCAUCACUUUGUGAAGUUCUGUAUAGAUAGUAAUUCUGUUCUCUAAGUUUUGUAAUUAGAUAUUGAUAUUGUAAUUUCAUUAAAACAGUCAACCAUAUUAUUUUUCUUGAAA